UUCAUUGGAUGACACAGCACCGCCCGAUUUCGUUGUUUUAGUUGCAGUUCUCCGUUCAACGCUACAAGUCGCCUUCCACAAAAAGGAUAAUUAAAUUAAAUAUCAACUCGGCGGGUCUUGAGUUGACGGUGCCGGUUGGAACGGUUGUUAUAUUAUUGAAAAAUUUCGAAAUAUCGCAUAAAGUUGUGAAAAAUAUUGUGUAUAUAAAACCACAUGCAGAUAAAAGCAUACGUACAUCUAUGAAAAUUUUCAAAUUAUUUAUACUCUUUUGUGCACAAAAAAUAAUUGUUAGUGAAUAAUAUUAGUAAAGCUACAUGAGAGCGUAUUCUCCUUGCUUAUAAUCAUACCAAAGGAUACAAGGAUUACAAUUAAAGGAUACGCGUCGAUCAUGAUUACUAUGAAAUUCCUUCAAAGGCGGCACAAAUCGACGUAAAAUGAAGCGUAGAAAAACUAGAAAUAAAACCACCAAACAAAACACAUUACCUAGAGGAGGAAUCAUGUCAUGGGAUUGCUAUAUAAAAGUUUCAAACUCUUGAAUAUAAUUCUGGAUUCCCUGGAAGAUCAAGAGGGUGGAGCUAUGUACAUAUCGUGCGAUGUCUCAAAUGGCGGUCCAGUGGAACCAGAAACGGGAUAUGUGCCCAACAAUCCAUUAUUCGGUCUGGCGUUGGAUAGUCCACAGCAAGAGUGUGCUGCAUCUUCCUGUGUCGGCUGUUUGUCCUGUCAAGGCAAUACCGUUUUGCCCAUCUCAUCGCUGACGGCCAACGACUUCGAUUGCGGUUCCUGUUUCGAUACGACGUCGAGUGUUAUAACCGGUGUUGGUAUUGCUGGAUCCACACAAAAUAACUUACAACAACAACAACAGCAAGUAAGUCUACCAAAUACUACCGCCAAUCACAACAAUAGCAAUAGCAAUAACGCGGUCAGUUAUUGGAGCACCGAUGAGAUGGCUUCAUCGUUCCCAGGUUUACCGCCAUUAGACAUCGAUCCCUUGCCUAGCCUCUUCCCCUUCUCACCGUGCGGUGCCUCAUAUAAUUUCUCCACAAAUCCGCAUCAAGCAUCGCUCUCAUACACCGUGCAUCCACAUCAGAUGCUCGUCUCACCGGGCGGUCAAGUCUCACACCAUUCUCAGAGUCAGGCGCAAAACACACAACAUGGCAAUUCACUCAGUUCAAGUGGGACGCCAGCGUCCUGCUACUAUGAUCCUGGCAGUAGUGGUAUGCUAUCUGGUUCCGCGUCCGUCGGCAAUGCGUGCAGUCAACACAUUAACACAAAUGUUACGGCGCCACCGCCGCCACCAAUGUACCCAAGCAUGAGCGUCAAUGUCAGCAUGAAUAUGACUAUGCAUGGUUACGGCGCAGAGGGUACGGUGCCCAUGCAAUGUUCACAGAUGCAGUGGACGCCACCAAACACCAAUUCCGCCGUUAAUGUACUCUACCCGCCAUUACUCAGUCCAACACAUUAUCCACCUGCGGCCACAUAUUCCUUCACCGCCGAUUUUCGAACGCCAACGCUGCAGCAGUCCAGUCAGAGUCCAGGCGUUGGUGUUAUGCCUACACUCACCGAUGCGGUCAUUGUCGAGGAGGACUCACCGUCGCCGACAAGCGAUACAUCGCGUCAUCUAUUCGCCGCUGGCACAGAGCUUGCGCCUGCCUUUGCAUCACCAACGAAGAGUCCUUACGAUGACGAUGAGGAUAGCAACGAGGAGGGCUCCGACUCAAAGCCCAAUCUGUGUAGGCUUUGUGGCAAAACUUACGCACGCCCAAGCACGCUCAAAACACAUCUGCGAACUCACUCGGGUGAGCGUCCUUACAGAUGCCCGGAUUGCAAUAAGAGCUUUUCGCAGGCCGCCAAUCUGACGGCACAUGUACGCACACAUACCGGACAAAAGCCAUUCCGCUGUCCAAUUUGUGAUAGACGUUUCUCACAAAGUUCCAGCGUCACCACGCACAUGCGCACCCAUUCGGGCGAAAGACCAUAUCGUUGUUCGUCGUGUAAGAAAUCCUUUUCGGACAGUUCCACACUAACAAAACAUUUGCGUAUACAUAGCGGCGAGAAGCCAUAUCAAUGUAAAUUGUGUUUGCUCAGAUUCUCACAAUCGGGCAAUUUGAAUCGCCAUAUGCGUGUACAUGGAACUAACCAAAAUAACGGCAGUAACAACGGUAAUGGUGGUAGCAAUUUGUUGACAUGACAAAAGGCGCGAAGUGGCGCCGCAUUUCAACAUUACUAUCCCCCAUAUACCCACGGUGCUCACAAUCUUUCACAUGGCCCACACGCACACACCCACAACCACGCCCAUGCUCAUGCUCAUGCCCACACCCACGCCCACAAUCAUCCGCACAUGCAUAUACCAAGCAGUAAUUAUGAUUAUAGCAGCUAUGGCAUCAACGAUUACACUUCACCCGGAUCACAAAACUAUUCAGGGUAUUAUUUUUGUGCACUUAAUAAGCCCAAAAUGGAGAGAUUCUAUUGAAGAGAAUACUAGUAAACACAAAGAUGUGAAGAAAGAAAUUGUAAAAAAAGGCUUUAUCUACGUGUACAUAUGUACAUGAGAAAUUAAUUGAAAGUUAAAAAAAAACAACAACAAAGCAAAAAAUUAAGCGACAAAAGUUUGGUUGAAAUGCUCAAAUUUAAGAUUAAAGUUUGUAAGUUUAACAAAAAAUCUACCGUUAUAUCAUUGUUAAGCAGCCAAAAUGUAAAUAAAAAAUCAAAAACAAUGAAUAACGAAUUUUAACUAAAAUAAAUUUAUAAAAAGUUUGUAAGUUUUAACAGUUAAAAUAUGCAUAUGUAGAUAUUCAUAAAAUAGCAGAAAAGCUUCAAAGAAAAAUAAGAAAAAAACACGCAUAAACAAAUUAAGUUUAGUUUUCCAAGUUUUUUUUUUUUGUUCCCUUAUUAGUGUUUAAUAUUUAAUGUUUUUUUUUCAAAUAUUUCUUACAUACAGUUGUACCAAAAAAAUUAAAAAAAAAAAUAAAAAAAAAUUAAUUUAAUUUUAACAAAUUGUAUAAAAUAACAAGUAAUUUUUCUUAGCCAAAUGUUGACAAAAAUGUAAUAUUUAAUAUUUACAAUGCUUACACUUGAAUUUUACUAUAACUCAAACCCUUUGGCCACAUACUUCAUUGACUGACUGUUGUUUCAAAAUUCAUAAACUUCAGUUCGUUCCACAUUAUGCGCCUUGACUUUCUUAAGUUAAGCUAAUUAAGUACAUUCACGUGGAAUUUUGCAUUCUUCAAUUAAGGUUGGUGCUGUAGUAGAAUUUAAAAGACCCCCACAUACCGUUAAUAGUUUUUAAAAUUAUUUAAACAUUUUUAUGUUUUGUAAUUGUAUAAUAUUUAAUUUACCCCUUUAUCUUUGCGCUGCGCUUAACGUCAGUAAUCCCGCCUUGUACUCUAGUCAAUGGGACGUUCUACUUACUUUUAGUUUUUUUAGUUUGAUAAUUUUCUCAUUUACACACAUAAGUGCGAUCUGAUGUUGAAAAUUUUUACAUAUAAAAAAAACAUACUUAAUAUUAUUAUGUACUACAUAUAUAUAAACUUAUUAUUAUUAUAUAUAAAAUUUGUAUAAAUUUAAUUAGACGAAUAAA